AUGACUGUACCUUACGUAUCCACGUCCUUAGUUGAUGUUAGUGCUACCACUUAUAAAGACCUUCCUUAUCGGGCCCUUUACAAGAAUGAACUAGAACAACCUAGUGGACUGUUCAAACUCAGAGGGAUAGCCCAUUGUAUUCAACAAGCUCUCCGAAGCAAUACUGCUGAAGGAGCCAGCGUCCAUGUGUACUGUUCAUCUGGUGGCAAUGCUGGGAUGGCUGCUGCUUAUGCCUCAAAACAAAUGGGCGUGCCGUGCACUGUAGUGUUGCCCCAGACCACGAAGCAAUUGGUGAUAGACAAGUUGAAGGACGACUUGGAAGCAGAAGUCAUAGUGCGCGGCUUGCAUUGGGGUGAAGCCGAUGCCUACUUACAGAAGGAAUUGAUAGGUCUGAAGGGAUACCCCAAGGCUGGAUCUGUGUAUGUCCAUCCAUUUGAUAAUCCCGUUAUAUGGGAGGGCCAUGCGUCCAUGAUCGAUGAGAUAGUGGACCAAUUGAACAGUGAAGAUGAUCUUGGUAAAGUUAAAGGUAUAGUAUGUAGUGUUGGUGGAGGAGGGUUGUACAAUGGGAUAGUCGAAGGGUUACACAGACAUGAAUCGUUAAAGAAUGUGCCUGUUAUAGCCGUUGAGACUGACCAAGUGCCUUGUUUUAGAGAUGCGGUAGUGAAAGGCGAGGUUGUGACUCUAAGUGGGCCAUUCAGUACAGUGGCUACCAGCUUAGGAAGUCCGUAUGUGUCGCUGAAGUCACUUAGCAAUGCCCAAACCCAUACAACACUUAAUCACGUGAUAACCGAGACCGAAGCCUUAGAGGGAGUCGUUGAUUAUCACGAUCGAUUUGGGACCAUUGUGGAGCCAGCUUGUGGGGCUACACUAUCGUUAACGUCAAAGGUCGAAGUCUUGAACGAGAUUUUGGGUAUUCCAUUACAAGCCGACGAUAUCAUUAUAUAUAUCGUAUGCGGAGGUAAGGCUACUAAUGAAGCCUUACUUGAGCAGUACAGGGCUAUGGUUUGCAAUAAAUAA